AUGGAUAAUAUGCAUGGAAUUGGGACAUUUAUAGAUUACCCAUCAGAAUUAUUAGUUAAUCAUAAUAAAUUAGAAUCAGAAACCGAAGUAAUGGCGUUAGAAGAUCACACUCGUCUUGAUGAUAAUGAAGAAAAAAUUAAGCCUAAAAUAGAUAUUAAAACAGUUUAUCCACCAACAAACGAUAUCUCAUUCGAAGGCAUUUCAAAUCAAAUUGAAAUUUAUAAAGACCCUCAGCUUGAGACUAAAUUUAUAAUUUGUUCUAAUCAGGAAUUAAUAGAAGAACCUUCAAAAUCAAAUAUUAAAUCAGAAACUGAUUUAAAUAACACAUAUAUAAUACCAACAAUUCCAUUAUUAAACAAUGACCAUUUACGAAUGGCAAAUAUAAGUGAAUUUGUCAUUGAUAUUACACAAAACACUUUAAUUUUAAAUGAAAAUCAAUCAGUAUCAUCGAAUGAGAGUGUGGAACUAAAAACUAUAUCAGAUAAAUUUUUAGAAAAUAAUUCAAAUCUCGAAUGUAUUGAAGAACCUAUCAAGAAUAAAACAGAUGCAUCAAAAAUGAAUUUAUUGUCAAACAAUAUACCUCUAGUACCAGUUGUACAUAAAACCAAAAUUAAUAAUAACUAUACGCAUACAAGUUUGGUAAUGAAUGAUGGUCAUUUAGAGUUAUGUGAUAAAAAUGCAGUAUCAGAAAUUACAUCAAAUCUGAUCAUUAAUAAUAAUAAUAAUGCUACUAAUGUAGAAACCAUUAAUUCUAAUACACUUAUAGUAGUGGAUAAUCAAUAUUUAAAUUAUGUUGAAUUAGUACCAAUUGAAAAUACUGCUGAUACUGACAUGGAUGAGGCGCAAGAGGUUUUGUUAAAAUUAGAUUGUCUAUCAGAAUCUGUGGAUAAAUGUAAUGAAGUAGAAUCAGAAACCCAAUUCGAGGUUUUAGAAAGUGAUACUGUCCAAGGUGAUAUUGAUGAACUCAUUAGAACUAAUACAAAUAUUGGAACGGGGGAAUUAUUAUCAAAUGAAAACGAUUCUAGUUUGGUAGUGACAGUUAUAAAUUCAAGUGAAGCUGACCCGGAAAAUGCACAAGUCGAAUUACAAACUACAUCAGAGAUAAUAGAAGAUAAUAGUAUGAAAGAAUCCAUCAUUGGUAAAAUCAUGACUGGGAAAGUAGAUCAAUUAUUCUCUGAAAAAGUCGAAGAACAAAAUGAAACUGAAAUAGACGCUAUAAAUACAACUCAUUUAGUUACAGUUGAAAAUAAUAGUGAAAUGACAAUAGACACUAAACACGAAACUCAUGUUAAAAAUUAUUCUCAACCAGAAUUGAUAGAUGAACUUCCAAAAAUAAACAUUUCAUCAGAGGUGAUAAUAACAAAUACUGAUCUUGUACCUAAUAAAAACCCUAUUACGGCUAACACAAAUAUGGUAUCAGAGAUAUCAUUACCAGACGUUAAUCCUUUAAUACCAGUUGAAAACAAAAGUGAUGUUGGCAUCAAUAAUGUAUACAAGGUUGGGAAAUGUACAGAUUGUCCAUUUGAAUCACUAGUUAACAAACAUAAUCAAAUAGAAUCAGAAAAGUUAAAAAAUGAUACAAGCUUAGAUGAUAUUGAAGAAUCCAUUGAGGCUAAAACAGAUAUUGAAGAAGUAGAUUCAUUAUCAAACGAAGUCCCAUCAGUACUGAUUGUAAAUGAACAUAAAGUUGAUAAUACCAAUAUUCAUGAGAUUUCAGUAAUUAUUGAAUCACAUUCAACUUUACUAGAUAAAAAUGCAGAAUUGAUAACCAAGGAUGCUAAGGAUGACACAGAUAUGACAAUAGAACAUGUGUUAUCAAAUGAUACUUCUUUCAAACCAGUUCAAAAUGAAAGUGAAAUUGUUGUUGAUACUACANACAAAAUCAAUAAACACUAA